AUGAGCGACGAAUUCUCUUCCGUGCCGGAAACCUUGGGUGAACGAUUCGAACACCUGAAAAAAAAGUGCAGUGAAUAUAAAGUCCGACAACCAGAUGCACCGGAAUGGUUCUCUCAAGAGUACAAUGAAAAACAGCGAGGACCAGAUGGUAUUUUAUGGACUGCACCUUAUGAUGUACGAUAUCCGCAAUGUAAGGCGACCCGACACUGCUUUGACUACUACGUAGAUUAUCACCGUUGCAUUACACUACUUGGUGAAAAAUACGAGCGGUGUAAAUUUUUCCGAAAUGUUUAUAUGGAUUUGUGCCCUUCGCAAUGGAUAGAAAUAUGGAAUAAUCAGCUAAAGCAGGGCAUUUUCCCCGCUAAAUUUGAUCGAUAG